AAAGUUGAGGCCGAGUUUUAUAAAGUAAUAAAAAUACUAUAUAAUGCUGUAGUUAGGGUUUAUUGAGGGUCUCUGGAGCUAACAGACCAGUAGUAGCCGCACACACGAGAUAAGAAGAAGAAUGUCUCACAGGAAGUUUGAGCACCCAAGACACGGUUCCCUUGGAUUUCUGCCAAGGAAACGAGCAGCUCGCCACAGAGGAAAAGUGAAGGCUUUCCCAAAAGAUGACCCUACCAAGCCUUGCAAGCUGACUGCCUUCUUGGGAUACAAGGCUGGUAUGACUCACAUCAUGAGAGAGGUGGAGAAACCCGGAUCAAAGCUUCACAAGAAGGAGACAUGCGAGGCUGUUACCAUUGUCGAAACUCCUCCUAUGGUGAUUGUUGGAGUUGUCGGAUAUGUGAGGACACCACGUGGUCUCCGUUCUUUGAACACUAUCUGGGCUCAACAUCUUAGUGAGGAGCUGAAAAGAAGGUUCUACAAGAAUUGGUGCAAGUCUAAGAAGAAGGCUUUUGGCAAGUACUCGAAGCAGUUCGACACUGAAGAGGGAAAGAAAAGUAUGCAAGUUCAGCUUGAGAAAUUGAAGAAAUAUGCAACUGUUAUUCGUGUCCUAGCUCACACUCAGAUCAGGAAAAUGAAGGGGCUGAAGCAAAAGAAAGCACACCUGAUGGAGAUCCAGGUCAAUGGUGGCUCUAUUGCCCAGAAGGUAGACUUUGCCUAUGGCUUCUUUGAGAAGCAAGUCCCAAUUGAUGCUGUUUUCUCUAAGGAUGAAAUGGUUGACAUCAUUGGUGUGACCAAGGGAAAGGGUUACGAGGGUGUGGUCACUCGUUGGGGUGUCACCCGUCUUCCUCGCAAGACCCAUAGGGGUCUUCGUAAGGUUGCUUGUAUUGGUGCUUGGCAUCCUGCAAGAGUCUCAUUCACUGUCGCCAGGGCUGGUCAGAAUGGGUAUCACCAUCGUACUGAAAUGAACAAGAAGAUUUACAAGCUUGGCAAAGCUGGCCAGGAGUCUCACACUUCUUCAACUGAGUAUGACAGGACUGAUAAGGAUAUCACUCCAAUGGGUGGUUUCCCUCACUACGGUGUGGUGAAUGAUGAUUAUCUGAUGAUUAAGGGAUGCUGUGUUGGACCUAAGAAGAGGGUUGUUACACUCCGUCAGUCUCUGCUUAAGCAGACUUCUCGUGUGGCUCUUGAGGAAAUCAAACUCAAGUUCAUCGACACCUCUUCCAAAUUUGGUCAUGGACGCUUCCAGACUACCCAGGAGAAACAGAAGUUCUACGGUCGUCUCAAGGCAUAGUCACUCCGACAAAUAUCAAAUUUUGCUUUACUUUAGUAAAUUAGUUGAUAAUUAUUUUUAUGUUGGAGGUGUUUCCUUUGGAAAGACCAUGGAUUACUUUGUUAGUUUGGUUGUUUGAACUUCCAAGAGUUCUAAACGGUUGUUUAAUUUUAUGUUUCAGUGGAAUCUUACCUAUUUGGAGUCA